AUGUGUUGCGAGGCCGACUGGAAGCGCGAAGUAGUUCAAGACUACAAGUGGGACUAUAUCGAUGUCCGUGAUUUCCGCAAAACCGACGCUGUCAGUAGGCUCAAGUACUGCCUGGUCUACAUCAUGGUGUUCAAGGCCGUUGCCAUCUUGGGCCUUGACAUCUUCACCUGCGUCACCAUGAUCUCGACCGACCACUGGACCAACGCCGUGUACUCCCAGUGUGUCAACGAGUCGCAAGACUGCAGCUUUGUCAAGUUUUCCAUUGCUCGAUGGGUGUUUGUCGGCUGCAUCAUCUUCUCAAUCUUGCUCUACGUCUACGAGUUUUACAAGGCGCGUCAGGUUAUUCUCUCGCGUGACAUUUCCUACUCGUUCACAAACAUCAUGGCCAACGACUACUACUCCCUGAGGGAUUAUAAUAAGUACUGUCUCUUCGGUCGCCUUGGUCAAGGCAAGAAGGGAAAGGACAAGGUUGCCUUCUUCGUCUUCUUCGCUUUCAAGGACUGGAAGAGGACGUUGCUCGCAGACGGACCACGUCAAUGUAUCAACGGCAUCAUCCUGUACACCAUUGCCAAGGUGUACGACUUCAACUUUGAUUGGAGCACACUGUCGAAAUACUGGGGCGGAUCGGCCGUGACAGCCCUGCUGCUGUUUGCAAUGAUCACGACCGUCCUCCUCUUCCUCAUCGGCUUCAUCUCGCUGUGCAUCGCCGCUGUCCUCUACGUCCCUCUCCUGUGCUAUAUUCAGGGCAACCUGAAAGAGUACGUCUGCCACAAGGUCGACAAGCGUAUUGGAGACAUUAUGCGUCGCAUUCAAAAGCAGCGUAUUGCGCGCAACAAUGAGAUUGAACAAAAGCUCGCCAUCGGAGGCACCAUCACCAACGCCAAGGGCGAAGAGGUCGACGCUUCGCACCUCAUGCCGACGCUCCCGCAGAUCGACUUGGACGACGACGACUACGGUCAUCACAAGCGACCCAUCUCGCCCCACUCGCGCGCUCUGUCCCCGGCCCCAGGAGCCAGAUCCAUGGCUCCUGGGCCACCACGUGCUAGGUCUCCUGGGCCCAACCAGUUCUUCCACCACCAAAAGAUGAACUCACCACCCGUCACCGAAGAGGACAUCUACGACGCCUAUGGGACCGACAAGGACCGUGAUUCGUAUCCCUUGGCAACCUACGGCGAAGAUGGCACCGCCUCCAAGACGAGUCUGCUGCACCACGCCGCACCACCAGGCUUGAGCUACCCACCCAAAGCCACUGCUGCUGGUGCGCCGUCGUACCCUCCAUCAGUUGCGACGGGCGCUCCUUCGUACCCGCCACGUGCCGCUGGGCCGACCCCUGUUGGCCAGCAGUAUGGGGUGCAGGCCCAAUACGAAGCGACGCGUGUUGGCUGGGGACACGCACCACCACAGGGCAUGCAGCCUCAGAUGCGUGCCCAGGCGCCGCCACGGUACAAUCCGGCCAACGACUCGCACGGCUGGUAG